AUGAAGGAAUUUGUGUGUCUUUUUGACAACAAUUGCAAAAUCACUUCAAUUACCAGAAGAUUCUGUCGGACAUGUCGUUUGCGACAGUGUUUUGCUGUCGGAAUGAAAGAGGAUUGGAUACUUACUGAAGAAGACAAGAAUGAGAGGCGACUUAAAAAGGAGUUUAAACGACAGCAACAGAUGAAACACAUAGAAGAGAGUAUUACUAAAGACACUGGAAGUACUGGAAGUGCUGACAAGUCUUCUUCAGAUAUUACCGUCACCUCCACCACUGGUAGUGACAGCACAAGUGAUGGUCAAACAUCACCUGAUAGUAACAGUAUUACAAUCACUGAGAAUAAUAUCACAUCAGACAUAGAUGUGGUCAACUAUAACCCGCCAAUCGCUACUAUCGACCGACCCAUCGAUGACUAUAACCCAAAGACAUUUAACGAGAUUGAGUCCAAUCACAUCCGGGAACUGUUGUCCGCAACCAAUCAUUUACUGUUACAUUACGUACCGAUUAUCACAUCGGAGUUCAUGUCUUACGAUGAAUACAAGGAUGCGUUACUUUGGAAAUGGGAGGGCGAUAUACCGAUGCUAACGAAUAUGGCCAAAAACCUACACGGUUUUAAUACUCUAUGCGAGAGUGACCAGAUUAGCUUAAUGAAACACGGAGCACUCGAGAUGAUUAUAUUGCGAUUUACCAUCGGUUAUGAUACGAACAACAAUGACUGGAUCGCAGUCCAGGGUUAUAAAGCAAGAUCUAGCAUGGUGUGCUGGAAUCAGGGUAAUCUGGAUUCUAAAUAUGAUAUAUCUAAAUAUGAUGGACACGUUAAUAUCUUAACCUCGAUGUUAAACUAUUGGGAUGGAGACCCGUUUAUUAUUAAUUUGUUAACGGCUAUAACGGUAUUCAACUCAAACCGGCCGAACCUCAUAAACAAACAGGCGAUUAAUUUCAAAAAGAUUCAAGACUUGAGCCAACUUUUUCUCAAUACAUUCAGAGGUGUCAAGUGGUCUGUUUCAUCAAUAUGCGGAGAUAAAGCUCAAGGCAGGAAUUUUGGGGAAUUUAUGUGUCUUUUUGACGACAAUUGCAAAAUCACUUCAAUUACGAGAAGAUUCUGUCGGACUUGUCGUCUGAGGAAGUGUUUUGAUGUCGGGAUGAUUGAGGAUUGGAUACUCACUGAAGAGGACAAAACUGAAAGGAAACUUAAAAAGGAGUUUAAACUACAAAAACAAAUGAAAUACAACACCACUUCUGCUUUCACCACAAACACUGGAAGUGAUACCAAUUCCUUGUCAGACAUGUCCAUCACCUCCACCACCAGUAAUGAGAGCACAGGUGAUGAUCAAACAUCACAUAAUAACAACUAUGAAGACAAUAUCACAUCAGAUGUGGUUAACUAUAACGCCCCGAUCGCAGCCAUCAGCCGACCCAUUGAUGACUAUAACGCAAAGACAUUGAAUGAGAUUGAGUUCACUCACAUCCGGGAACUGUUGUCUGCGACCAAUCAUUUACAGCGACAUUACGUACCUAUUGUCACAUCAGAGCCCAUGUCUUACGAUGAAUUCAGGGAAGCGUUGAUUUAUAAAAGCGAGAACGAUAUGUCAAUGCUUGUGAACAUGGUCAAACAAUUGCACGGCUUUAGCUCGUUAUACGAGAGUGACCAGAUUAGCUUGUUGAAACACGGAGCUAUCGAGAUGAGUAUAUUAAGACUUAUCAUCGGUUACAAUAAGUUUGAUAACAGUUGGAUUGCAGUCCAGGGUAACAAAUCGAUCAAAUUUAGGAUGGAGUACUGGAAACAAGCGAGUAAUAAUGAUAAGUUUGACGCUCAUUACAAUGUAUUUGCAUCUAUGCUAAACCAUUGGGAUCGAGACCCCGUUAUUAUGGACUUGUUGACGGCUAUAUCAUGCAUCUAUGCUAAACCAUUGGGAUCGAGACCCCGUUAUUAUGGACUUGUUGACGGCUAUAUCGGUAUUCAACCCAAACCGGCCGAACCUCAUAAACAGACAGGCGAUUAAAUUUCAACGCCACUGUUAUAUGCAUUUAUUGAGAAGAUAUUUAUUAUUAAAAUACGGGUCCGACUGUGAGGUCAGCACAAGAUUAUUGUGUUUUAUGAAUAAUUUCAAAACCAUUCAAGACUUGAGCCAACGAUAUAUGAAUUCAUUCAGACGUCUUCACUGCUCUGUUGUAUAUUCUGUGCCUCUUUUGACUGAAUUAUUGGAAACGAG